AUGGCGGCUUCAGGUCUACAGAUUCUGGGUUUGGUUCUGGCGCUCCUCGGCUUCCUGGGUGAGAUCCUCACCUGCGCUCUGCCCAUGUGGAAAGUGACAGCCUUCAUCGGGCAGAACAUCGUGACCGCACAGACUUUCUGGGAGGGCCUGUGGAUGAACUGUGUGAUGCAGAGCACAGGACAGAUCCAGUGCAAGGUCUAUGAGUCCAUGCUGGCUCUGCCCCGGGACCUGCAGGCCGCGCGCGCGCUUAUAGUCCUUGCCAUCCUCGUGACGCUGCUCGGUGUCCUGCUCGCGGUCGCCGGUGGGAAGUGCACCAACUGCAUCGAGGAUGAGCAGAGCAAGGCGCGGGUGUCCGUGGUGGCCGGAGUGUUCUUCCUGGUCAGCGCUGUACUCUGCUUGAUCCCUGUGUGUUGGUCCGCUCAUACGGUCAUCAGGAACUUCUAUAGCCCGACGCUGGCGGCUGCUCAGAAGCGCGAGCUCGGCGCGUCGCUGUUCAUUGGCUGGGGCGCCGCCGCGCUGCUGCUGCUCGGGGGCGGGCUCUUCUGCGGCCACUGUCCCAACAAGGAGUCUCGGGGUUAUUCAGCCAGAUACACAGCGCCAAGGUCGAACACGCAUGCGCGAAGCAACUAUGUGUAG